AUGUCCCCGCCGGGCUCACCUGCGCAGAAUGCGCCGCCGCAUAUUCGCCUCAACUCCAACACCACCGACCUUGUCACCGAUGCUCCCGUCGAACGCCCUGGUGCGGUGCGCCAGGACUCGUCGCGCUCGUUGACCGUCGACACCCGUCCCGUCUACAACCAGCCCAGCCCUGCGCAAGAAUCAGCAGAGUUCCUCAUCCCGCCACGGCCCUCACGCAUGCGAAGGUUCCGCGACGAAGAGUCGCCCGGCUACUCGUCUCGAAGGACCAGCUGGAGCUCCGAGUCGGGUGAAAGCCACGGCCCUUUCUACUCGCCCUUUGACGAUUCAAGGGCUCCGUCCAGAGCCGGUAGCGAUGACGAUUCGAAUUUCAACACUCAGACCGUCUCGGAAAAGUACAACAUAACGCCCUCUGCCGGCCUCUUGUUGUUCCCCGAAGAUGUUGAAAAGGACGACUAUCUGCACGAGCCCGACCCAGCCGACAAAGAGCCUCGCGACUGCAACAUAUGGAACAAGCGUGGAAUGCUCAACGUCAGCGGUCUGGCUUUGCUCUCUCUGGGCCUGCUGAUGCUUUUCAUCGGCUACCCCAUCCUCACUUUUGCCCAAAAGCUCAUCGACCCCACGGGAAAUGCUUGCGCAAAGGACCCGAACUGCAUCGAUGUCGAGCAAGAUUUGCUCAAGAAUAUUCGGAAAGGCUUGAUCGAUCCUGACACUCCCGACAGUGUCAAGUCUCGCAAAUCCCAUUAUUCGGGAAAGAAGCAAGUCCUUGUGUUCUCGGACGAGUUCAACACCGACGGCCGGACAUUUUACGACGAUGAUGACCCCUACUUCCAGGCUGUUGAUUUGUGGUAUGGAGUGACACAGGAUCUCGAGUAUUACGAUCCCGAUGCGGUAACUACAAAAGAUGGCACCCUCAAUAUCCGUUUCGAGGCUUUUGCAAAUCACGAUUUGGAGUACCGAUCCGGCAUGCUCCAAUCGUGGAACAAACUCUGUUUCAAAGGCGGUCAUCUCGAAGCAUCCAUUUCCCUCCCCGGCCGAGGAGACACCGUCGGUUUCUGGCCGGGUUUUUGGGCCAUGGGUAACCUGGGCAGACCUGGAUACGCUGCAACAACAGACGGCAUGUGGCCGUACAGCUACUCGGACACCUGUGACGCCGGUAUUACUGCCAACCAAAGUUCGACCGACGGUAUCAACUUUCUGCCAGGGAUGAGGCUACCUGCUUGCACUUGUGACGGCGAAGAUCAUCCGAACCAGGGAAAAUCGCGGUCUGCACCUGAAAUUGACGUCAUCGAAGCGAGUAACGCGCCUCUAGCUUCCGGUGAUUACAUUGGUGUUGUCUCGCAGAGUUGCCAGUUGGCGCCUUUUGAUAUUUGGUACCAGCCAGACUACGACUUUUUCGAGGUUUACGAUCACUCCAUUACCGGGAUCAACCCGUAUGCUGGAGGCCCAUAUCAGCAGGCCAUUUCCGGUCUUUCCAACCUGAACAACGAUUGGUACGACGGUAAAGCAUACCAGAAAUAUGCUUUCGAUUACACUCCCGGCGAAGAUGGAUUCGUUACAUGGUUCGUCGGUGACGAUCCAAUGUGGACUCUCGACGCAAGAGCAAUUGGACCCAACGGAAACGUUGCUCAAAGAGUCAUUCCAGAGGAACCCAUGUCCAUAAUCGUCAACUUUGGCAUGUCGGACAGUUUCUCUGCGAUCAACCUGACUGGUAUCGCUUCCACGUUGCCGGCGACUAUGAGGAUCGAUUACAUCCGCAUCUACCAGGACGAGGAUAACGAACUCAUGACAUGUGAUCCUCCCGGUUACCCCACCACCAAUUACAUUUCCAGUCAUCCGGAGCCAUAUAGCAACAUUAACCUGACCAGAUGGUAUGAUCCUUUCUCUACCUCAUCUACGAUUACUAACGAAGAUUAG